AUGUGGGUGCUCUCAGUGGAGAGUGACUGUGCGUACGUGGGCGCUCUCAGAGUGGAGAGUGAGUGCGCGUAUGUGGGUGCUCACAGGGUGGAGAGUGACUGCGCGUACGUGGGUCCUCUCAGGGUGGAGAGCGAGUGCGCGUACGUGGGUGCUCUCAGGGUGGAGAGCGAGUGCGCGUACGUGGGUGCUCUCAGGGUGGAGAGCGAGUGCGCGUACGUGGGUGCUCUCAGAGGGGAGAGUGACUGUGCGUACGUGGGUGCUCUCAGAGUGGAGAGGUGGAGAGGGAGUGCGCGUAUGUGGGUGCUCUCGGUGGAGAGUGACUGUGCGUACGUGGGUGCUCUCAGGGUGGAGAGUGACUGCGCGUACGUGGGUGCUCUCAGGGUGGAGAGGUGGAGAGGGAGUGCGCGUAUGUGGGUGCUCUCGGUGGAGAGUGACUGCACGUACGUGGGUGCUCUCAGGGUGGAGAGUGAGUGCGCGUACGUGGGUGCUCUCAGGGUGGAGAGGUGGAGAGGGAGUGCGCGUAUGUGGGUGCUCUCGGUGGAGAGUGACUGCACGUACGUGGGUGCUCUCAGGGUGGAGAGUGAGUGCGCGUACGUGGGUGCUCUCAGGGUGGAGAGGUGGAGAGGGAGUGCGCGUAUGUGGGUGCUCUCGGUGGAGAGUGACUGCACGUACGUGGGUGCUCUCAGGGUGGAGAGUGAGUGCGCGUACGUGGGUGCUCUCAGGGUGGAGAAGUGGAGAGUGAGUGCGUACGUGGGUGCUGUCAGAGUGGAGAGUGACUGUGCGUACGUGGGUCCUCUCAGGGUGGAGAGUGAGUGCGCGUACGUGGGUGCUCUCAGGGUGGAGAGUGACUGCGCGUACAUGGGUGCUCUCAGAGUGGAGACCAUCAGACAUCUGAAAAAUGAAGCUGAGUGGCAGGAGAUCUUGGCCAAAGUGAGAGAGGAGGAGGAGCCACUACCAUCUUACUUAUUUAAGGACAAACAAGUGAUUGGCACUCAUGCUUUCUCUGUAAACAUGAAAUUAGAAGCUGUGGACCCCUGGUCUCCUUUUGGGAUCUCUCCUGCUACUGUUAUUAAGGUUUUUGAUGAGAAGUACUUUCUGGUGGAAAUGGAUGAUUUGCGACCAGAGAGUCACGCCCGGCGAUCUUUUGUGUGCCACGUCGACAGCCCUGGUAUUUUCCCUGUGCAGUGGAGUCUGAAGAAUGGUUUACACAUCAGUCCCCCUCCAGGCUACCCCAGCCAGGACUUUGAUUGGGCUGACUACCUCAAACAGUGUGGUGCUGAAGCUGCUCCCCAGAGGUGCUUCCCUUCGUCAAUUUCUGAGCACGAAUUUAAAGAGAACAUGAAGCUUGAGGCAGUGAACCCUCUUCUCCCCGAAGAAGUGUGCAUUGCCACCAUUACUACAGUGAGAGGCGCCUACCUGUGGCUCCAGCUGGAAGGUUCUAAGAAGCCCAUACCUGAAUGUAUUGUGAGUGUGGAGUCCAUGAAUAUAUUUCCUUUGGGUUGGUGUGAAACCAACGGCCACCCCCUCAGCGCUCCUCGCCGAGCACGAGUAUAUAAACAGAGGAAAAUUGCAGUGGUUCAGCCAGAAAAACAAAUACCAUCCUCGAGGGCUGUCCGUGAGGGCCUGAAGAAUCAGGAGCUGGACUCCACAGACUCAGUUAUGAUUAAUGGGAAAUAUUGCUGUCCAAAGAUAUACUUCAACCACCGUUGCUUCUCAGGGCCGUAUCUUAACAAAGGAAGAAUCGCUGAGCUGCCUCAAUGUGUGGGACCUGGGAACUGUGUUCUGGUCCUCAGAGAGGUCCUCACUUUACUUAUCAAUGCAGCCUAUAAACCCAGUCGUGUCCUUCGGGAGCUCCAGCUGGACAAAGACUCUGUGUGGCAUGGAUGUGGGGAAGUCCUAAAAGCCAAAUAUAAAGGAAAGAGUUACCGGGCUACGGUUGAGAUAGUGAAAACAGCUGAUCGGGUGACUGAAUUCUGCCGGCAAACCUGUAUCAAACUGGAAUGCUGUCCUAACCUCUUUGGUCCACGGAUGGUUCUAGAUAAGUGUUCUGAGAACUGCUCUGUACUUACAAAGACCAAAUACACACACUAUUAUGGAAAGAAGAAAAAUAAAAGAAUUGGGAGGCCACCUGGUGGGCAUAGUAACUUAGCAUGUGUCCUGAAAAAAGCCAGUAAGAGGAGAAAGAGACGGAAAAAUGUUUUUGUUCACAAGAAGAAACACUCGUCAACAUCUGUCGAUAAUACCCCAGCGGGCUCUCCCCAGGGAAGUGGGGGUGAAGGUGAAGAUGAAGAUGACCCGGAGGAAGGGGAUGAGGAUUCCCUCAGUGAGGGCAGUAUAUCUGAGCAGCAGGAUGAGCUACAGGAAGAGUCAGAAAUGUCGGAGAAGAAGUCAUGCUCCUCCUCGCCCACUCAGAGUGAGAUAUCCACGUCGCUGCCUCCAGACAGGGACAGGAGGAAAAGGGAGCUGCGCACUUUCUCCUUCUCUGAUGAGGAGAAUAAACCUCCAUCGCCAAAGGAAAUAAGAAUUGAAGUUGCUGAAAGGCUUCACCUGGACAGUAACCCCCUGAAGUGGAGUGUGGCGGAUGUGGUACGGUUCAUCAGAUCCACCGACUGUGCUCCGCUAGCGAGGAUAUUCCUAGACCAGGAAAUUGAUGGUCAGGCCCUGUUGCUCCUUACCCUUCCCACUGUUCAAGAGUGCAUGGACUUAAAAUUGGGCCCCGCCAUCAAACUUUGCCAUCACAUAGAGAGGAUCAAGUUUGCUUUUUAUGAGCAGUUUGCCAACUGAGAAGGACAACCAAAGUGAACUGGAUCUUUGAAGCACAAAUGCAGCGAAUCCUUCACCCCACUCUAGAAGUGGAGCUGAAAUAGUCCUGGGCUCUGGGCCCUGCAGGUGUCGCUUGCUCUCUUUGCACUUUCAGGGAAGGAGGACCCACACUGAGGAAGCAAAAACUGUGCAUGGAAGUGGCUCUCCUGCCAGUGGAGACGUGGGCGUCUCUCAUUCAGCAGAUCGCAGCUUUGGAAAAAUAAAGGCUAUAAGGAAAAGACUCAUACAAGAAGAAUAAUCAUUUCCAGUGGUGUGGGCUGAAAACGAAGAAGACGCUAGGCUGCUGGAAAGCACCCAUUUGGUUGUUUUCUUUUCACCCUGUUCCUUCCCGUUGUAGAUUGAACUUUGUUCUCUGCUUUCUCUUUCUUGGAAAGAGAGGACAUAGCUUUAAGACAGCACUGAUUUGGGACUGUGCCUGAGGCGCAUCAGUGCUUCGUUGUCAUUGUGUUUUUAAGCUUUUUAAAUUAAAACAGUUCAUUUUGGGGAUGAUUAUGUGGCUCGAGGGUUUUGAAUGUACAGUCACACCUUGAUCCAUCUUAAAAUCGAUUCCUGGGAGCUCCUUCGUUGACUACCUCUGUUGACAUUUGAGCUUACAGCCAUGUAUGAGGCUUGCUGUAUGAUGCCAUUUUUAAGCUCCAUGAACGCUAAAAUUAUGACAGAAGUUGGAGGAAAAAAACAGUUUGCUUGCUUUAUGUGGGCACUUAGACCAGUUCCUGAACUGACUUAAUCUAAGAACUCUACUGUUGUUUUUCUUCCAUCUUCACUCAGCUUGGCCUGCUCGUUCGAAGUAGCAUCUCAAAGAUUGUUGCUGUUUCAGUGGAAUUGCUCUCUCCCCGUUCGUUCUCAGAGGGGCUUCAGUGGGUUUGAUUUUGUCUUCACUGUCCUCUAUAGUUGUUUGUCUAACUUUCUGUCAUUUCUAGAGUCCUUACUUUGAGUGACACUUGGUAGGUGUUUCCUGGACCCGCAGUCAAGCCUGUGGCCUCUUUCUCUCUCGGAGUCUCCAGGUAGAUGGCCUGGGGACACGGUGGAGGGUCUGUGCUUUGGCAGGUGAUGGAGAGCUUGGGGUUUCCGUACCAGUGUCCUCAGUGGCUGGUCAAGGUGGAGAAGUGGUUAAGCAUUCCAGGAACUUCUUUGCCGAUCCAUGUUCAUGCUUUCUUUCAGUUAAGCCUUUACAUUGACUGUAAACUACAGUCUGAGGAUUCCCACUCAACAACUCAGUAUUCUUGUAGGUGUUUUUCAUGACCAACUCAAGUUGACAUGAAACUCCAGGCAAAUGGUCACUAGCGAUUUGCACUGCCAGCUGUUACAGAAUAAGCGUUUGCUGUACUGUGCCAGCCACAAGGACUGAGGAAAGACACAUACAUAGACUGCCUUCUUUAAAAGGUUUGCUUUGCUGAGUGCUUUUUCAGAUUAUCCUCCCACUCUGUCAAGUUGAUUCCGACUCACAGCGACCCCAUAGGGUUUCCAAGGCGGUAAAUUUUUACAGAAGCAGACUGCCACAUCUUUCAUGGAGCCACUGGUGGUUUUGAACCUCCGACCUUUCAGUUAGCAGUUGAUCACUUUAACCACUGCACCACUAGUCACCAGCAUAUUAUAAUCAAAUUAUUCCUCUUCAAGAUUUGAAAAUGCUUAAAGCUGUAAACUGGGUAAAUUCUAAACAGCUAUACACAUGUAAGGUAAUACAGUGAAACAUGCAAAAGCCAGAACCAGGCAGUCCUAAUGGAGUUCUAGCUCACACAGGUUUUACUGUGUUAUUACAUAUUUAUACUGAUUGUGGUUUUUCCCUUUUCCCUUUCACCUCUCUCUCUCCACCUGCCUCUUUUCACAUAAAGUCUGUAAUCUGGAUUCUCUUUUUACUGGAUAAUUAAUGAACCACCUUAACUCAAGCCCCCCAACCAAAUCAUUAUUAUUAAAGUAUUAACUCUUUGCUUAGGUUACUACCAGAUAUAUCUGGAAAGAAUCUUCAUUUAAGUAAAAGUUAAUAUGUUUGAAUUUACUCAGAGAACUGAUUUUUAAAAAUUUGAUGAAUUCCGUGCCCAUGGAAGGGAAGUAUAUAAGACACCUGGGAACAAUUAGCACUAAGCCAGUAGACAUUUUGGGGGUGGAGUGGUGAUUAUCUUAGUAAAAUUUCCUGAGAGCUCAGCAGUCAAGACAUUAUGACAAAGAGGGUCCUUGGAAAAUCAGUGGAACAAAAAAUUCUGGAAUUAAUGUUUAGGGCUUUACAUUGUUGUCUUAUUUAGGAAGAUAAGAGAGAAUUCCUAGUAGAGAGAAUUUACCCAACUCAAUGACAGUGAAUGUGUUAUUUUGCUCCUCUUUUGACUUCUAUAGAAACCACAGAAUGUAGGACUACCUCCCCUCACAGGUUUGAGGACUAAGCCCCUGAAAGUGGAAACAUACAGCCCUAAGUAGUCUCUGGUCAGGGUAGAGCCCAGGACCAACGCUUUCAAUAUUCAUUCACACCCUUAUUUAUACCGUGAUUACUCAAGUUCAGCUUUCUCCUAGAGAGGCUGAUUCUAGAUUGGAUGGGUAAGUGGGGUGGAUUUCUCUUAAUAUUUCUUGAAUUCUCCUAAUGAUAGUUCAGUAGGCAAUUGCAUUAAAGAAAACUUACAUACCCCCAAACCCCUAUCCCCAAAUAAUACAUAAAAACCAAAAAAAAAAAAAAUGUUGCCACCGAGUCAAUUCUGACUCAUAGUGACCCUAUAGGGCAAGGUAGAACUGCUCCAUAGGGUUUCCAAGGAGUGGCUGGUGGAUUUGAACUGCCAACUUUUUGGUUAGCAGCUGUAGCUCACUGUAGUUCUUAACCACUACACCACCAGGGCUCCCGCAUAUUACCUAAGGGAGAAUAACUGCUUGGAAAUUUGGCAGAGGGCAUUUUUUAAGUGUAAAAUUUAGACUCCAUUUGCCUCAGAGUUGCCGGGGCUGGGCUGGACAGCAAUGACAAUCCGAUUCUUAGGAUUGUGGAACAGAUUUUCUUAGCCCACCACACUGGGGUAAAACAUCUGCCUGUCACACAUCGGAGCGUCCACUUUGUUUUUUUCAGAGGCCAAUAUCUUAAAUUUAUGAGAGGUCCAUUGUAAGGGGCCUGCAUUUACCUAGAUUUCCCCUGCAGUUGCCCCCCUUCCUCAGUUUGUGUGAGGUCAGAAAGGAAAGUUUCCCAUGAUCCAUUUUUGAUCCUGAAUUGACGAAUUGGAAACAGGCUAACAGACUAUUAUCCUCUUGGCCCUUGAAAAGCUGGCUGUUAUGUCAGUGUGUUAGGCAAACCUUUCACUGCACAUGCAGAUUUUCUGUGACUUUUUGACUGUAUUAUGUGGGCUUCUGGGGAUUAUGGUAUUUUUCAUUGUAAACCACUUCCAUCCCUCUCAGUGGAGGCAGAGUUGAAGUGGCUGAUGCAGGAAUGCACUGGUGGGGGCCUGUAGCUUUCACCUUAUCUGCCUUUCCGUUGCAAUGUAGGUGGCUCCCAGCAUCUACCUUGUAGAUACACGAGGUCAUGGAAAGGUACUUACAAAUCUCUGGAAGAGAUGAGCUUCUUGGCAAAUGCUUAUUGAGUUAUGGUAGAGGCAGACUUAGAAAACCAGUUCAGAACUUGGCUUUUAUAUGCCUCUUUUUUCUCCCGGAAGUCAGAUAAAUCUCACUGUGAGAGAGAGAGCAUUGCACCACAGCUUUCUGAGGACUUGCUUACAUCUUACUUCCUCUCCAGCACCAAUUCAGUAGCAAACAUGAUACCUGAAUAGAGUUUAAAAGCUAUAGGAAGGCCUUAGGUGGGAGAGGACUUAGAAGCAUACCUCUCUCUCAAGCCAAAAAAUAUUUCCAGAGGACACACAGAACAUCAGGAGUUGUUAACAGUGGGUAAGAUUUAUCUAGGUGGGGACGUUCACUAGCAAAACUCACAAGCACUUAACCCUUACUUAGCACCUGUCGCCAAAGACUGUUGAAUUUAGGAUGCCAUUUACUGUUGCAGUUGAUUUCCAUAGAAACUCAGAGAGUGUUGUUCAGAACUAAGCCUUGGCAGUGGAAACACACCUUAGGUUUGAACCGUGUGUAUCGGGAUGUUGCUUGUGAGUGAGCGUAUGUGUGUUUGUGCAAGUGCAAGUUCAGAAGUGUUCUCUGCUACGGUAGGAAGUUUGUUGGCCUUAUGAAGCUGAUGGAGAAGACAUCACUAACUGAAAUGAACCCUAAAUCUUUGUGGGGACCAGGCACCCCCUUUUUAAGUUUGAAUUUCUCUGGUCCUGGGUUCACUGUAAGUAACCAUGUAUCAUGGUCAUGGUGCUGGCUCAGAAAUUCUGUAGGAUGGGGCCUCCAGCAAAACCAAAAAGAAAUCAGCCACUUCCAUGCAGUUACAUCCACUCCUCACUUAGCGACUAUCUCGUUGUCCGACAUUUCGCAUUUACAACAAUAGUAAAAAGUCCACUAUCCAAUUAUUUUGUGCAUUAAUGAUGGAUGUCUGGCAAUAAUGACUGCCGAGGUGAGAGUAAUGCUGGCUGUGAUGGUGAAGGUAAUGUGCCUACUUGGCUGGGCCAUGAUUCUCAGUGGUUUGGCAGUCAUGUAAUGAUACAAUUCGGCAGUUAUGUAAAGUUGUAGUCAUCCUCCAUUUUCUGAUCUGAUAUCCUCCAUUUUUACAUAAUGCCAGUUUUUGCAUAAUGACCUGGUCUUUGGUACCUAACCAUGUCGAUAAAUGAGGAGUGGGUAUAUAAUACUUCCUUUAUUCACCUUAAAAUGUUUUAUUAAUGACUUUUGAUGACUCCCACCCCUUAUGUGAGAAUGUAUGUAUUUCCGAAAUUUGAAUUUAUUGAAAUAAACCAAGUAUGGACUUGUAGUUUUGGCAGAAGAGUUCUAAACUAGAAGCCAGUCCAAACGGAGCUGGUUCUGAGUCCACUCACUUGGGCUUUUCCCGUCAGUACUUGUCCCACACCACACAGAUAGCCUUGUUUUUGAGGGCAGCCUUGGGGGUAAAUGCACUGGAGAUUGAUUUUCUUGAUUGCACUGUCUCAAAAGUCUUAUAUUUUCACAAGAACCAGCAAAACCUGGAAUGAGGGUUGAAGGGGGUGGAGAAAUGGGCCUAAAACUCCCACUCCCUUUAUGCAUUUUCUAACUUAACACACAGGUUGGGCCUGUACUGGUGCUAUGGCCUAUCACAAAUGAUUGUUUUAAAAGGGAAAUAAGCUACAGCCUUAUUGCUGACCCUGGGAGGUAAAGUGCUGACCCUGGGAGGUAAGGAUCUCCAGUUAAUUCUGGAGGCAAAGGAUAAUGGUGCCACCAUUGCUGACACGGUACCAGUUCUCAGGAUGUGUGGAAACCUCAGGCUUCUACAGAGUUUAUUCAAUCUAACUGCAGGCCUAGCUUAGGGAAUCGAAUCAAACCAAACCAAACCAAACCAAACCAAACCCACUGCCGCUGAGUCGACUCUGACUCAGAGCAACCCUUUAGGACGGAGUAGAACUACCCCAUAGAGUUUCCAAGGAGCGCCUGGUGGAUUUGAACUGCUGACCUCUUGGUUAGCAGCCAUAGCUCUUAACCACUAUGCCACCAGAGUUUCCAGCUUAGUGAAUAGAGGUGGAUAAACAGUGUUGAAAGGAUGAGGGUAGGCUUUUGGGGACAAAUGGAGUCAAGAAGUAGAUGAUUGAGAGAGGUUUUGAAGCUGAGGCAAAGUUAAAACUAGGCAGUUCCUUAGCUCCUUUGUAAGAAGUUUCCAGGGAAGGUAGUUUGAAUGUUUUGCUUGAGCUUUUAAGUGUUCAUUUUCCCUUCUCUCUCUCUUUUUUUUUUUCUUUUUUUUUGGUUGAAUAUUCUCUAAAGACAAUCAGAGAGGCCUGCCAAAGAAGGAUGACUCCUGGCUAGUUCCAGCACCAUCCUCAGGCCUCUUCCUAAUACUGAGUCAUUGGGACUGACACACUGUUUAAUGUAUUUUGCCUUCAUCUUUUUUUUUUUUUUUUUAAGUGCUUGUUUGGAAUACAACGAAAUGCAUAUUGCAUUGUAUCCUUCCUGCUUGCUGUUUUUUCCUGAUUUCAGAAGUUAUGCAUUGGCGAUAAAAUACACUUAAGGUGAAAUACACCUAAGAAUAUCUAGUAAAAUGACUCCCAUCAGGUUUGAUGGUAUAACUUCAAAGGAUUAAGAAAAGAAACUCUUUUGGAUGAAUAUUUUGCGUGAUUUUUUGUUUUGUUUUUGGUAAGAGUGUAUAUAACCUUGUGGUAUAUUAUGACCGUUCGUAAGUGGUGGCGAGCAAAUUAAAACACAUCUUAAGCUAUGUUUAACUUCAUUUGUGCAAAUUUGACAGCAAGGAAGGUAUCUUGGUCAGAAUACAUUCUUCAAAAAUCUUCCCACUGGGGCUAGUAAAUCAUCUCUGCAUAAAGGAAAAAGUUCCUUUUUAUUUUUAAUAAAAUGAACCUUUCUAGAAUUCUCCCCCCUUCUGCAGUCUGAUACUUUCCCUGCUGGGUUUAGGUACUUUUUUAUUUUAAUUUAGGAAAGGUAGGAAGAAGCGAAUUUCCCAGCAGUGACCUUGCUCCUAGCAUUGGGGAUUCUGCCCCUGAUCUCUGAAGACUGCUGCUGGUUCCUCUACAUUUGCGAUGGUACAGCAGCAAUGGCCUUAAGGAUCCCUCCACAUCUGGCUGUGCAGAGCAGUGCUUUGUUAAAAAUCUCAUUUUUUCAGCUCUAUGUGCAAUUUCUCCUGAGUUUUCUGUGUCAUUGAGCGAUUUAUGGUCUCCUUUUUUUAUAUCCCGACACAAUCUCUUCUGCUUUAACUACACAUCCUCUUGUUUGGUUCCCUCUGAACAUGGAGCUGAGCAUCCUCCUAAGAGUCCUUCUUAGACUUAAAGACCGUAAUGCAAUUUUUCCUUAUGUUCUUAAUUUGAUUAUUGUAUUUGCCCAUGGUCAUUCCUUGUGGAGAGUUUUAA